CUAGUAUGCAUCGAAACCGGUCCGCGGGUCGCGGGCUCCGCGGGGGGCGACCCGCGAGCUCGAGUUACGUGGCCCACACGAUCAUUCACGCAUUGGCGGUCUCAGUGCAUUUACUAAACUUUGUAACAAAAUAAAUCCUAGUAAACCAGCAAUAAGUUUAAUUUCAAUGCAUAAACAUCAAUACAGUCCAAAUUAUAUAUACACACAACAUUUUGGUCCUUCGAUCCUCAAAAGGAUAAAUAAUCACACCUCGUGGAAAACUCGUGGUGGCCGCAUCGUGAAUUCAUCAAGCCUUAGACCUAAGAAGACUUAGCGAGAAGGAGGCAUCGCGGAAUGACAAAAGGACAAGGGCACGAUCUUCAGUGAGUCCGUUCCAUAUCCUUUCUUUUUCUUUCCGUCUUUCUUGCCACUAUUUGAUUUGACAUUGAGACCUUUUCGCAUUUGUUAUCGCUUGCCGGCCGGUCGGUCUCUUAUACCUACAACGCACCGCACCGUGCCUACCGCUUGAUUUGCGCGUUAUUUUACGCGACUUACCUACUUAUUUCUUUGUUAUACUGAAUUUAUAUAUCCUUUCCUUUCAAAAUGUCUGAUGCACGGAGCAAAGACCUGAUCAAACUUAGAGGGAUCAUUAAAGGAAAGUUAACAAUUUUUCAAAAUUUUUUAAAUAGCUUAAAUACAUGUGAGAGAAUAAAUGAAACUCAAUUUAACGAGCUGGAAUGUCGUCUAAAUAAACUAGAUAGCGUACAAGUUGAGUAUGAUAAACUUCAGACGGAGAUGGAGUUGUUGUCUGACGAUCCUGAGCAGUUGUUACUCGAACGAGAAGAAUUCGACACUAGAUAUUACUCGCUAGUUGCAUCGGCGCGCACUCUUCUUGCUAAGUGUAGUCGUCAGCAACGGCGAACAUUAUCCAUGUCCGAGUCGAGCGAAGGGAGCGAGCGAGCAAACAGGGGUGCCCUUCAUGACUUCGUCAGGCUACCAAAAAUAAGUUUGCCCAUAUUUGACGGAGACUUUCAGCACUGGCUCACUUUCAGAGACACGUUUAUUUCUCUUAUUCAUGAUAAUAACACUAUAGGCGAUAUUAACAAAUUCCAUUAUUUAAAAGCAGCAUUAAAAGGCAGUGCCCUAAUUAUGAUACAAAAUUUAGAAUUUACAUCAAAAAAUUAUAAAAUUGCAUGGCAAUUGCUAUCAAAUAGAUAUGACAAUGAAAGACUUUUGAUUAAUAAUCAUAUCAAUGCCAUAUUGGAUUUCACUCCUAUACAAAAGGAGUCAUGUCAUUUCUUAAGGAAAUUGAUAGACACAAUUAGACGCAAUCUUUGUGCUUUAAAUACCCUAGGUCAACCAACUGAUCAUUGGGACACACUCAUUAUACACCUAAUGACUAAAAAGUUAGAUUCUAUCACCUUUCGCGAAUGGGAAGAGCAUCGCAACACAAUUUCAACUUCGCCUACAUUAAAACAAUUUGUUGACUUUUUAACAAAUAGGGCAGAUUUACUAGAAACUAUACAUCAAGAUAUAAAACAACGACAAUCAUUAACACAAACUUACUUAAACACACAAAGUACGGAAAGAAAUCAAAAUACACAAAAUAUAGAAACAAAAUCGAAAAACACAUUUUACAGCAAUAAAACAAAAAAUAUCGAUGAUAAAAUAAUUGCAUGUCCCAUGUGUAAGCAAAAUCAUUUUUUAUUUAGCUGUCCCGAUUUUAGGAAUUUAGACGUAGAUACACGUAUUCUCAAGAUGCAAAACUUUACAGUAUGCAAAAAUUGUCUUAGACCUGGUCACAAAGCCAAUUUUUGUAAACUUACACACUGUAAAUAUUGUGUUAACAAGCACAACACACUCUUACACAAAGACACAGAACAGCACAGCACAGUGGCACUAUCUUCCAAUAUUAAUACCAUUAACAAGCCCUAUAUAUUGCUUUCCACAGCUUUGGUUAACGUGGUUGGCGCGGACGGAAACCUACACCCUGCCCGCGCUCUUCUCGACAAUGGUGCCACUGCGCACUAUGUCACACGGCAGCUCUGUGAGAGGCUGGGUUUGGAACGGCGUAACGUAAGCUCCACUGUGACAGGUAUCAAUAAUCAAGUUUCCCAUAGUGCAGAGUCUUGUAACUUAUCCAUUGAGUCAUCGUGUGGUGAUUAUAAACUCAAUAUAGAAUGUUACGUUUUACCUCAAAUUACAAAUUCUUUGCCUUCUUGUAAUAUAGAUAUACAGUGCAUAAAACUUCCGCCUAAUAUACAACUAGCCGAUCCUUCUUUCCACAUUUCGUCACCCAUAGACAUCUUGAUGGGUGCAGAUGUGUUUUGGGACGUUAUAUGUUCCAACUUGAUAGAUUUAGGUAAGCAACGUCCUAAGUUGCAACAAACAAAACUCGGUUGGCUUGUUUCAGGCACUUUUAAUAAAUACAGAAAUACAAAUACUUCUCCUACUACGUGCUUAUUUUCUCAAAAUAAUGAGGCCUUAUUAACACGAUUUUGGGAAUUAGAAUCAAUUAAUCCUAAAUAUAGCUUAUCAUUAGAAGAGCAAGCCUGUGAGAAGAGCUUCGCAGAGAACACUUGGCGCGAUAAUGACGGUCGAUUUAUCGUAACUAUACCUUUAAAGGAGUCCCCAGAUGUACUCGGCGAUUCUUUUCAAAGUGCAAAAAACCGCUUCUUAGCGCUUGAGCGUAGGUUUCAACGCAACCCUAUCUUAAAAAAGCGGUAUUUAGACUUUAUGACUGAAUACGAAAACUUAGGUCAUAUGAGUGACACAUCAAAAACUUUAGAACCUAGUAACAAACCUCAAAACCGUUCAUACUACUUAUUUCACCAUGGCAUAGUUCGUGAGUCUUCUACUACCACGAAAUUAAGGGUGGUCUUCAAUGGUUCAAGCCCUUCGUCAAAUAACGGUAAAACCUUUAAUUCCAUUCAGAUGGUUGGUCCAGUCGUCCAAGACGAUUUAAUUUCUAUUUUGUUGCGCUUCCGACAGCAUAAAUACGUAGUGUCGGGAGACAUCGAAAAAAUGUACAGAGCUAUUCUUGUAGAACCCUCUCAACGCUCACUACAGCAAAUCUUAUUUAGAUUUAAUCCUAGUGAGAAAAUAAGAACAUUUACGCUUAACACGGUUACUUACGGUACAGCAUCUGCACCGUACCUAGCCACCAAAUGCCUAGUUUCGUUGGCAGAACAAUGUUUUGAUCCUGACGCAAAAACCGCUAUUACUCGGGAUUUCUAUGUAGACGAUUUUCUUAGCGGUGGGGAUUCCAUACAGUCAGUAAUUCAACUAUGUAAAAAUGUUACCAACACCUUACAGUCAGCGCAAUUUAGGUUACGUAAAUGGCAGUCAAAUAAUACUGAAAUAUUAAAUUCUUUACCUAGUGAAAAUUUACUUGAACAUAUUAAAAUAGAUAAAACUUUAAAUCUAGACAAUUCACCCAGUAAAACACUUGGUCUCCAUUGGGAUUGCAAUACAGAUAAUUUAUUAUUUACAAUUAUUAACCUAGAUUCCAACUCAAAAAAAAUGACAAAACGUAAAAUAUUAUCUCUUAUAAGUAAAAUUUUUGAUCCCCUUGGACUUUUAGGACCUUGUAUUGUGCAAGCAAAAAUUUUAAUGCAAAAACUAUGGGUUAAAAAAUACAGUUGGGAUGAAGAAGUUUCAAAAGAAACGCAAAAGUCUUUUUUAAAUUUUACAUCUUCCCUUACUUCUCUCAAGUCACUUCGCAUUCCACGGUGGGUUUGUACUAAUAACAUGUUGUUAUUAGAAUUGCACACCUUUUCAGAUGCUUCAGAGCGCGCUUACGGCGCGUGUGUCUAUGUAAGAGUGGUUGACACUAAUAGCAAAGUACAAGUUCGUCUUUUAACUUCUAAAAAUAAAGUGGCACCUUUAAAGCCUACCACAAUCCCUAGGUUAGAGCUUUGUGGUUCGCUCCUUGCCACCAGGCUCCAUGCAAAAGUGAUAUCAUCGUUAUCAAUUAAAAUAAAUAAUUCCUACUUUUGGACCGAUUCUACUAUCGUGUUGGCAUGGCUUAAAAUUCAAUCGAAUCAAUUAAAAAUGUUUGUUCGGACUCGAGUGGGUGAGAUACAAGACAGCACUGCCGGUCACAGAUGGUGCUACGUUCCAUCUAAAGAGAACCCUGCAGAUCUAGUUUCUCGAGGGGUCAUAGCUGACAGCAUUAAUUCUCGUACUUUAUGGUGGUCUGGUCCAGAUUUUCUAAAGUCUAAGAAUAUAGAAUUUCCGAUCAUACCAAACACACACUCAGAUACACAUUCAGAAAUCAUCUUACAUACUACUACACAAAAUGAUAGCACAAACUUACCAACAAACAUACUACAUAAUUUCAUAAAUAGCAAAUCAAAUUAUACAUACUUAAUAAGAUCAUUUGCAUAUAUACAAAGAUUUAUUUACAAUUGUAGAAAUCCUAAAAAUAAACAUAUUAAAUCUUUAUCUACAACAGAGUUACAAAAUUCUGAAAAUUACUUAUUACAAUUCGUUCAACAAAUAAUGUUUGCUGAUGAAUACAUAUUAUUAAAAGCAAACAGGCCUCUCCCUAAAAAUAGUAGGUUAAACUCAUUAUCACCCUUUAUGGACUCAAAUAAAUUAAUAAGAGUUGGUGGUCGUCUUAAAAAUUCUUGUUAUACAUUUGACGUAAAACACCCAAUCCUACUAUGCAGCAAACAUAAUUUGACACAAAUCAUUUUUCAAAAAGAACACAUAAGACUUAUGCAUGCCGGACCUCAGUUACUUUUGUCUCAUGUGAGACAAAAAUAUUGGCCACUGGGGGGGAGGAACCUUGCCAGACGUGUCGUGCAUGGUUGUGUACGUUGCUUUAGGUUCAAAGCUAAGCCGUUUCAACCCGUUAUGGGUGACUUACCCAAAGAUAGAACUAAAUUAGAAUUUCCUUUUUUACACACUGGUGUUGAUUAUGCUGGGCCAGUGUUGAUAGCCAACCGUAAGGGCAGGGGUGCUAAAUUAACAAAAGCUUAUAUUUGCAUUUUUGUUUGUUUUGCAGUAAAAGCAUUGCACCUGGAGCUGGUCACGGAUCUUACAAAGGAGGCAUUCCUUGCAGCGUUCCUGAGAUUUAUUAGUCGACACGGAAAGCCAAUUUCGGUGACGUCAGAUAAUUCGACGACAUUCAUAGGAGCUACAACGCUCCAAGUGGCGGUCUUCUUCAAGUUCUCUCCAGCUCGGCUCUAUGGUUCUCGUGAAGGAGAAGAACCAACCACCACUUCUGUGGCAGCUGGGCAGAGUCGUCAAGCUGCAUCCAGGCAAGGAUGGUGUCAACCGGGUUGCCGACAUCAAGACCAGGAAGGGCAUCAUUCAGAGGGCCUUCAAUAACAUCUGCCCCCUUCCAAUCUCUUCAUAAAGUUGAAUGUCUUCAACGUUCCCCGGGCAGUAUGUUCGAUGCCCACUAGUAUGCAUCGAAACCGGUCCGCGGGUCGCGGGCUCCGCGGGGGGCGACCCGCGAGCUCGAGUUACGUGGCCCACACGAUCAUUCACGCAUUGGCGGUCUCAGUGCAUUUACUAAACUUUGUAACAAAAUAAAUCCUAGUAAACCA